AGCUUUAGAAAGAGGGGGCAGCAGCGGAAUAAUCAAUAACGUACCACACGGCCCCCCCUGGGUAGCGUAGAAGGGCGCGGGCAACUUAGUCGUCUACCUACAGCCAUCGGAGACUUUGCAGCCGGUAAUUUGUGCCAUUUUUACACUCUCGCCAGAGCAAAAUAUGAGUCACAUAUCGUUUUAAAGGAAAUUCGAAUUCCCAUCGGUUAAAAUCAACGGAACACAAAAUUGUGUCUACUACAUUAGACAUUAUUCGUCGCAGAUGAAGCAGCCCAAAAUGACGCGUUUGCUCACGGAGCGCCAUCUGGAGAGAAUCGGCGAAAUGCUGCAAACACUCUUGGAGGAGGAGGAACUCACCGAUGUCACGUUGCACUGCCGCGACGGCACGAUAAAGGCGCACAAGCUCAUGCUGGCGGCCAGCAGCCCGUAUUUCAGGAGGAUUUUGGUGGAGCACAACAAGGAGAACGUCGCCUUGAUUAUGCACGGGAUAAGCAGGGAGAAAUUGAGGAAAAUAAUCGAGGUCAUUUAUUACGGGUCCGCAGAGAUCCAGGGGGAAUCCGCGGAUGCCAUGUGCGACCUGAUAGACGAGUUCGACUUGAACGGUGUCAUGGUCACAGAAAGUACCGAAAAGGAAGAGAAAAUGAACGGGCACGGCAGGGACACAAGGUUCAAGGGUCAAAAAAGGGUGGCCGUCGAUUUUACUCACUCGGACAAUGAGGGCGCGCCGGCCAAAAUCAGCAAAAACGACAGGAUCAGCACCGACAAAAAAAGUCCGGAGAAAAAAUCGCCCGGAAAAAGUUCCCCGGAUAAAAGUUGCGCGGAGAUGAGGAAACAAGAUUCGGAUUCGGCUUCCGGGUCCAGUGGUUGCGCGGAUAUAAACGAAUUUUGCGUUAUUAAAAAGGAGGAAAUAGUUACUUUUAAUGAUGAUGAAAUGCUGAAUAUUCCGACGGAAUCCAAGUUGACUUCAUGGGACAAAAAACCCAGGAAGUUUGUGUGCACUUUAUGCCCCAGCAGUUUUAAGAGGGCUUCACAUUUGACGCGCCAUCAGCUUGUGCACACUGGGGAAAGGCCUUACGCUUGCGAACAUUGCGAUAAAGCUUUUUCCAGGCACGACAAGUUAAAAAAUCACGUAAGAAAAAAUCACGACUUGGAGGGUGAUUUUAUUUCGAAAGAAGACGUCAUAAGUGGAGAUACGCAAUAUAGCAUCGGUACGGUCCGAAUGCCUUCCCCCCCAAUAAAACAAAACAGAUCCGAAGAGUCCUACGACGACAAUCACACCUUGUACGCUUCCAAUUUUUCGCACUUGGUCCCCAUACUGCCCAAGCUCAAUCCGGAAGUGACAAUCUUGAAGGCGCAAUCCAUGCUGAAAGAAGCGAUCAACAAAUCCUUCAAACAGGUCGCGAGCAGUUCCCCCAACGUUAGUAACUUAAGCAACGCUAGUGACGUUAGCAACGUUAGUAACACUAGCAGUAACACGUCGUUUGGUGCCAACGGAACGCCCAAGAAGGGCAGGGGACGACCCAGAAAGUAUCCACCACCUCCUCCACAACUGGUGAAGAGACCUAGAGGACGACCACGACUUAACCCUCUAAGCGCAUCUCCACAAAUUCCCGGCAGGAUCGGUCCAAAUUACGACAUCACAAAUCUUCCUUUCGGCGACUUGGAGUAUCUGACGAAACCCCUCAGGGAAAUGGAACAGUCCAUGGAAGACCCCAUCAUAGAACCAUACGUGGAAAUAAAAACAGAUGAAACCGAUGCGGAAGAAAAAAAAGAAGAAACCCCCAAGUUUUUGGAACCUGAAGUUUCGUUGCAGGAAAACCCAAAAGAGAAGGAGGAGGAAAAAACACUCGACGAUAGUUUAUCGUUUUUGACGGGGAUCGGUUUGUGCGAGAAAAAACACGGAACAAUCGGGGAGUGCACAAUAUCAGUAUCAAAUUAGUUUACGUUGUAAAUAUGUUUUUAACAUAGCGAAUUUUAACUUUUAUUAAUAAGAAUUAUGUACAUAUUUUAUCUAUAGAAUAAAACUCAAUUUUAACUUCCA